AUGUACGGUUUAAACGCUUAUCGCAAUCCAGCUGUAAUGAACGAAUUACUCUCGGAUUUAUGGAUUGAACAAAAUGUUCCAGGUGGAUUAAACAGUCCUCUUGGUCAAGCAUUGGACAACAUGAUGGGUGGAAAUCCUAAUCCAACAUUUGGUCAAAGAUACAAUAAUAUGACUGGUUAUGGAUAUAAUACUUAUUAUCGUCCUGCUUAUGGCUAUCAAUAUUUACGCUAA